AUUGCAAUCUCCACUUCUCCAACUCCUAACACGACGCUAACUGCAGUUGGGAGGUGCAGAGUGACAGAAAACAGAAACAUCAAAAUGACUGAGCCGAGCACUAGAAAACAAGGGUUUAAAAAAUGCCGGAGUGCCACUUUCAACAUUGAUGGCUUUAACUUCACAAUAGUUGCAAAUGAAACAGGAGAAACAAAUGCACGCCCCCUUGCCAGAUUUGCACGUUCCAAGUCCCAAAAUACUCUGUGGAAUGCCAUCACUGCAGGGAUCGGGAUCAAGGACAAAGAGAAGAGGGGGAUUGUCAUUGACCCCCGAAGCCCAGAGGAAAUCCUUGCAGAUGAGCUUCCCUCUGUGGACAGUGCAGAUGCCAUGGAGAAGACAGCUAUCAGGUCAGCCCUGGAAUGA